CUCCGCCCCGGCAUGUCCCGUUUAAAUUCCUCCUGCCUGGCAUCAGGUUCCUGGGGGAAAGGGCGGAGAGUUGGCCAGAAAGUCUGUAACAUAAGUAACAGUAACAAGACAAGCUCGGACUCACUGGGAAACUGGUUUUACGGAAACCUUAUAGAAGGCUGGGUCUAAUUAACAAGCCGCUGGCUAAAUUUCAACAGAGGGGAGCGGAAGGGCAGGCUGAAGUCAAGCAUGAAGGGGGAUCCGGUGCUGUCGGGAUGAGGCAAGAGCACACGAGUGUAUAAUAGCGGACUUCCAAGUGCGCAUUAAAGUGUCUUCUUCCCAGCAUAGACAGCUGAGGGCCAAUGGCUGACAGGCGGACCAGAGGUAUGACCGGCUCGGACCAGAGCAGGACCACGGCGGCCCGGGCUACUGCUAUAGCCGAGCAGCUGCACCAUGAGUGCUCCAUCUUACUGGAACUUUAUAGAAAGAAGGAGACCUUUUCUCCAGAUGUUACAGUGGCUGAUGGCCGUCUGGUGUCCGUCCCUCCUCCUUCCUCCCAGCUGGACACAAGGGAUAAGCUCUGGCGGCUCCAUUCAGCUCUGCUACAGUGCCGCAGCUUGCUGGAGAGAGCAAUUGCCAAAGAGGAAGAGGAGCUGGGCGGUCAUAAGAAGGGUGAGUAUGAGACCCAGAGGAAGAUGGUAAAGGAAAGGCUCUCACUUCUUUUAUUCAACACUGAAGAACUUCUCAAAGCUGUAGACGGCCAGGCGGUCCUGACACCCAGCUUGGACGGAUUGGAGAUAGACACUUCGACCGUGUUUGAGCUGAAGCUUUGGGUAUACCGGAUCUUCACAGAGGUGGACUACUGGACCAAGAUGACCAUCACCACAUUGCAAGCCCUACCAUCAGUGAUAGCCAAGGACCGAGCAAGGACCACACGAGUCAGGAGCACAAGAAGUGCCCGGAGAUGAUCUGGCAACGUGAAACUUAUGUGUGAUAUCACCGGGUGCCCUCCCUUUUGACCGCUGGUGUAGCGAGAGCUAGCUGUAGACAAAUGGCUCAAAGCACAAAGAGAGGAUUAGAUUACCAUCGCAUCUGUCUAUAAGCAGAAAUCAUAGGAAACUGGCACACUCAUUAGAGUUGUGGGAUUUUCACAUGAUAAAGACUGUGUGAUAAACAGCCUUAUCAUUAAUAAUGAAUAAUGUUUGAUUAACUUCUUUUAUCCCCAAUGGUCGUUGGAGUGUAUACAUUUAUUUAUGAAUGUGUCAGUGUUGUUGCCGUUUAUUUUUUAAGUUUAGGUCAAGCAGCAGUAAUCCCUGUCCUGCAAAUGUGGUUUUAUCUGUGCAAUGACUGUCUUGCUAGAUGCACUUUUGGCCUUGAUAAAAUGUUAACACAAGAGAGAUUAGACACCAAAGCUUGAUUCAAUCUUUGGGCCGACAAAUUUGUUUUGUAUUCCCCUAUGUAUUCCAUAGUCCAAAAGUCUCCUUGGUGUCUAAAAUUAAAUUUAUAUUUUAAAUGAACACAGUUUCUUCUGAAUUGUUCAUGUGAAGCCCCUUUAAAAUCUGUAACAUUGCUGGGUUCAAGUGUCCAUUAAAGUGGGGGGUUUUUGCUUUUAAACAUACCGUUGUUUCAGGUUGAGUCUGUUCACACAUAAGAGGAUGGUUAUGGACAGAGAAAUCUUGGAUUCAUAUUUGGCUUCUAGGAUGCAAUACUAGUCAAUAUAGUAGCACUGCAACUCGUUUAUUAUUAUUUUAUUCUGCAAACUAUUGGUCUAUAAUAGGGAUACACCGACCUGACUUUUUCAGUCCAAUACUGAUACUGAUACCUGGGUCCAUAUUGAAUAUUGAUCUGACAUCCGUGUUUAAAUAAUGAGCUAUAUGCGUCACUUGUGGAAGAGACUGAGAUUAUUAUUUUAUGUGUAAGGCAACAUCAGGCUUGACUUAAACAUUGCUUUUCUAACUUUGUAAAAAAAAAAAAAAAAAAAAGAAGUAAGAAAUAAACACAUAUUUGUUACAUUUUCUUUGAAUUGUUAUGUUAUGCAUAUUAAAAUAGUGUUAUCUGAUACAAGUUCAACCCAUUGUCACAAUACCUGAUCCAGCUAUUUGAUUCAGUAUUGGAUCGAUAUCUGAUAUCAGUAUCGGUGCAUCUCUAGUCUAUAAACUGGUGAUACAUACCAAUACUAAUUUCCAAGAGCCCAAGUUUACUUAUUUAAAUUUGUUUACAUUUAAUUUAAAUGUGCUUGUUUUGUCGACAAACCAAACCAAACCAAAGAGUUUCAGUUCAUCAUCACAGGGGAUUUAGAGGCUGGAAGCUCUAAAUAAAUAUGAUGCCGACAUGUAAAACUGGCGACUAUUUACACGUUACACAUUAUUUUAUGUCUAAAGGGAGCUUAAAAUAGCUUUAAAACAUAAUACAGGGCCAACAUGGCAAACAUGACAAAACCGUCCUACUCUCACUGAACAGACACAGUCUGAAAAUUAUAAGGUGUUUUUAUUUUUUUUGUUUUUUAUUCAAAAGGACUAUUUUACAAAAAUAGCGAAGUUACACAAAAUAUUAAACAUCUGAGAUCACAGCAAGAGCAUCGGUUACUGCAUUGUGAAUAUGACAUCAAAGUCUGAUGUGAAAGUCUAUGUCUGAAACUUUGGUUUGGUGUAAAAACGUAUUUAUUAUUGACUGGAUUUCUGAGGAUGUAUGAGUGGGUUGAAAUAAAUUGAU